AUGGGAGAGGAGCAGAGCACGGUGAGCGGCGGCAGCGGAUCCCAGGAGGCGCGGGCCCCCGCUGGCGGCGCCACGGGCCACCCGGAGCCCCCGAGGCCGCGGGGGGACAGCGCCGGGGCGCCCGGGCCGCGCGCCGCCUCCGCGGAGCCCAGCGGCGGGGGCUGCGGAAGCGACUUGGGCUUGGCGGACGCGAGCGCCGUGGAGCCCGCGAGGAGCUGGGGGGCCCCGGGCGGGAGGAAGAGCCCAGCACCCGGGCAGCCCGCGGGACUGGCGCUCACCGGGCCCCUCAACCCCCAGACUUUACAACAGCAGCUGGAAGAGGAGAAGGAGGAAGCUGGGCACCGAGACGAGGGAGGGGAUGAACAGCAGGAGGCGCCCCCCGGCGAGGAGCCGGAGCCCAAGGCCCGCGUCGGGGCGGCCGACGGGCUGGUCCUCGACGUGCUGGGUCAGCGGCGCCUGCCCCACGCCAAAGGGCAAGUCUUCUGCUCUGUGUUCUGCGUGGAGAAAGCCCUGCCUGAGGCCCCCACCGCGGAGCAGCUUUCGCCACCUGCAUCGCCACCUCGGGCUCCGCCGGUGACGAACCCUCCCAGCUCCCCCUCCGCCUUUCCCAGCCCCCGGCUGUCCCUUACAACGGAUCUCCUGUCCCCCGACGGCGGCAGCAUCGAGCUGGAGUUCUACCUGGCGCCUGAGCCGUUCUCCGUGCCCAGCCUGUUAGGAGCUCCACCCUACUCUGGCUUGGGUGGGGUGGGGGAUCCAUAUGCGCCCCUCAUGGUGCUGAUGUGCCGGGUGUGCCUGGAAGACAAGCCGAUCAAGCCCUUGCCCUGCUGCAAGAAGGCCGUGUGCGAGGAGUGCCUCAAAGUCUACCUGAGCUCCCAGGUACAACUUGGCCAAGUAGAAAUCAAAUGCCCUAUUACAGAAUGUUUUGAAUUCCUGGAAGAAACAACGAUUAUCUAUAACUUAACGCAUGAAGAUUCCAUCAAGUAUAAGUACUUCUUGGAACUUGGCCGCAUUGAUUCCAGCACCAAGCCAUGUCCUCAGUGCAAGCACUUUACAACCUUCAAGAAAAAAGGACAUAUUCCCACCCCUUCCAGAUCAGAAAGCAAAUACAAAAUCCAGUGUCCCACUUGCCAAUUCGUCUGGUGUUUCAAGUGCCACUCUCCUUGGCAUGAAGGUGUUAACUGCAAGGAGUACAAAAAAGGAGACAAAUUGUUGCGUCACUGGGCCAGUGAAAUUGAGCACGGGCAACGGAAUGCCCAGAAGUGUCCAAAGUGCAAGAUCCACAUCCAGAGAACAGAAGGGUGUGACCAUAUGACCUGUUCACAAUGUAACACUAAUUUUUGUUAUCGAUGUGGGGAGAGAUACCGCCAGCUCCGUUUCUUUGGAGACCACACAUCAAACCUCAGUAUAUUUGGAUGCAAAUAUCGCUACCUCCCAGAGAGACCUCAUCUAAGGAGAUUAGUGCGAGGGUCGGUCUGCGCUGGAAAAUUAUUUGUUGCACCUCUAAUCCUGGUCUUGGGAUUAGCACUAGGGGCCAUAGCGGUUGUAAUCGGUUUAUUUGUAUUUCCUAUCUAUUGCCUUUGUAAAAAACAGAGAAAACGAUCACGGACAGGAAUGCACUGGUAAAAUGCAGAUUUCGUUUACUAAGCUGGUGCAGGUAGGAGCUAUACGGAAUGGUACAGCCAUCGGAGUCACAUCUUGAAAAACACUGAGAGGAACCUGCCGUCUCGUCUCGCCGUGAGUCUCUGCAGGCUGCACUGCCUCUGGCUCCAGGGCGCUCCCAGUAUGGCAUCCUGUCCUUUCCUUAUACACAUUGCUGCUUUUAAAACAUGGUCACUUUCAUAGACUAUCAACAUCUGUUAUCAUAAUUCUGACCUUCUUAAUGGUUCUUGGAAGAAAAUAUUUUAAUUGAGAACCAGUUAUCCUCAGAAUCAUCUGAGCGUGCCUGUGCUGGGCACUGCUUGGACUGUCUUUGUACCUGAACCUCCCACCAAGGCCCUCUUCUGAGGCUUGGUGCCAGCAGCUGAAGUCCCGCCUGCACCAACGGGCAAGGCCACUUGUCAGAAGGUAAAGGCUUACUGUGUGCACCUGUGUUCACUUGCGGCCAAGCAGUAUAAUUCCUUCAUCCUUCAGAUACUAUAAUUGUCAAGAAUUUCAGUGUCCAAAAGGGAACUAAUGAAACUAAUGAGAAGAAUCAUGAGUUACUGGUGUUUAUGUGUAGGGAUGUGAAUGUGUGUGUAUUUGAACAUCUGUAUUAAGACUAGGUCCAAUAACCUGUGCUUGUCAAGUUCUAUGCCUCUACUCUAGUUUUCCACAUUUUCGUAGACAUGUUUAAAGUUGAUUGUUCCUUUGUGGGCAUAAUUUGAUGAUGUACUGAAUUAAAGUCAAUGUAGACAACAGGCAGUUUCAAUGUUGAUCCUUUCUACUUCUUGCUCUCUCUCUCUCUCUCUCUCUCUCUCUCUCUCUCUCUCUCUCUCCCCCUCUCUCCCUCUCUCUCUUUCUCCCCUUCUUUCUCUCUCACACACACAGAAAUCUGUACAGUGUCACCUCAAGGAUUUUCAAACUGUAUAAACGGACAAAACCAAUAGGCUGCUUUUAGGAAAUUCCCAAAAUCUGAACAUUCUUUUCACAUUUCUUAUAUUUUGGUAUACAUGCUUCACCAUAUGAAUAAGUCCUUUAGGCAGAAUUAGUUAAUUUAAAUAACAAGUGUGCUUUAGAGGGAACUGCUUAAGACUUUAAACAAAUCCUUAUUCUUCUAAUUUUUAACCAGCUUAUAAUUACAGAUAAUUCUGCUUUAGAGCAAGGCUUGAUUAUUUAAAAUCACAACUCUCACCAUUGCUCUCUCUCUCUUUCUUAUUUGUCCCCAGUUUUUCUAGUUUCAACAUGAUUUUUCUUAUGUUUACUGCUCAAAUGCAUAAAAAUGUACUGCUAUCUUCUUAUGCAGGGGUAAUUUGAAAACAAAACUUUUUGUGUUCAUGGGUUUAUUGAAAGUAUAAACUGCUUUUGGAGAAGGAAACAAAAAAAUGAAGGUGAUAAUUUCAGGAAGUUUUACCAAUCUUUAACAUUAAGGAAAGAACAAGUAACUAAACUAGGUUAUUCCUUUGUUUUCAUCAUAAAUGUUCAUCAGUUCAUCAGUAGAAUGGAAGUACAGAGUCCUAGGAGUUUCCACUUGUCUCCAGAUCCUUAAGAUUAGCUAUCUGCAUAGAUGUAGCAUUUAUAUGUCAGCAGCCUUUUCUGAAUUGUAAUAAAUUAUGUAAUAAAACAUGCAUUAACAUGGAUAGUUUAUCUUGUUGGGUUCCAGAUAAAAAAAACAUUUAUGAUUUUUAUUUGACCUAAGAAGUCCAUGAUAGUGAAGUUUACUUGCAUGGAUAACAAGUCAGCACACUUCCAUUUUUCUAAAUAACACUCAGAAUACCUAUACUACAGCUUCUGGACUAGUCUAUUUCUAGCUGGAGAAGACUAUGCCAUUUAUGAUUUUGGAAUGGCAUAUUUCUAAAGCAUAACAUAAUACCAGUAAAAGUGAUGCUGUGGUUUCACAAAUUCAUACUUCCAUUCAUCCAUCCAUCCAACAAAUAUUUACUGAGUGCCUCUUCAAUGUGCUUUAGUAAUAAAAGUGAGAGAAUGAGAAUUUCUAGCCUAAAUCCAUGUAAUUCUGUCAUGAAAGUGCUUAAUUUUUGUAAGUUUGUCUUUCCUAGACUUAGAUGUUAAUGACAUGUGAAUAUAGUAAAUUCUAGUGGAUAUAUUUAUGUAUAUAUGUGCAUGUGUAUAUAUGUAAGCAUAUAUAUGCACAUCAUUUCUAUAUCUGCAUCUGAAUACAUAUGUCAGAUACAUAUGUACCAACUGGUUAAAUAAUGUACUCUCUGGUCUUAGAUAAUCUGUUUUCUUAGGUUAUUGUAUCUGUUGUCUUUGGCCUACUCAGGGAUUUUUAUUCCUUUCUUUGAAUAACUUAUCCUUUGGAGAUCUUUUUAUAUUAUUUGGAAAUGUUCCAAUUUUCCAGUUACAAAGUGGUAUCUGUUAUCAGUGAAGGCUCUUUCAUCAAUGCUUGAGAUAGUAUGCACAGUGCUGCACAGGAUUAUCAUUUUUCUAUUGCAUAGAUUUUUUAAAUUAGUGUAUGCAUUUUUCUCUUUCAAAGUUGGUGUAUAUUAGGCUCUUCCCUGCUAGUGACUUAAAUUAAUUAUUUGUGAAUUUUUUUUACUAAGUAUCAUUAAGAUCUGAAAAAGAGAGAAGAAAAUAAAAAAGGAUUAUUUAUAUGUUAGUGCCAACAUUGAAGGCAAAACAAUAGUAAUAACUUUUGGGAUAAAUCCUAAAAACUACUUGAGAAGACAAAGCAUGCACAUACAAUAAAUAUCUUUCUAUUCAAGGCUUGUCAUUUUUGUCCAUUUAAUGUAUAUACUCAAAGAAAUCAAACCAUAUAGAAUUAGAAAGUAUAAACUCCUCUGCUUUAUCCCUCCCCUUAUUUUCUAGGGGUAACCACUGUUAAUGGUUUGUUGUGUGUCCUUCCAAACAAUUUCUACAAAUAUACAAACAAGCAUGUGUCUGUGUAUAUAUUAGUUUUAUACAAAUAGAACAAUAAUCUACUGUCCUGUGACUAUUUUUCAUUUUAUUAUACAUUGGUAGACACCUUUUCAUAAGAGUUUAAAUAGUUGUGUGGGGUUAUACUUUAAUUCAUUUAAUUAGUCCCCAUUGAAUGGAUAUCAUGACUGUUUCCACUUCUCUGGUACAAGGCAUAAGUGAAGACCCUUUAUAUAUAUCUUUGUCACUUUAUCAGAACAUUCCAAUAAGUUUUUAAAAUUUGAUUUUAUAAGAUAUUUGUAAUAAAAUUUUAAUGCAUUUUCAGUGAAUGAGAUCAUAGGAAUAAUGUAUUUGAGACCCUUUUCUUGGAGAAUGAGAAAGAUUGUGUAGAAGUGUGUAAUUUUUAAAGAAAAGCAUCUAUUGCAGGAUAAUUUCACCCCUGCUUGAUUAGCCAAAUAAGUACCUUGCCAAAACUUUAAAAUAUUUUAUUCCAAAAAUAUAAGAUGCAAUAGAUGUCUAUAAGAUACAUGAGAAAGAUGCAUUGAUAUUUGGAUUACCUACUUUUACUUGAGGGAUUUAAAUGAAAUAGCCAAAUUGAUAAUGUUUGUCACAGUUUCUAAACACUAUCCAUGUUCAUGCAUGUUGCACUACAAAGAAACUUGAUUAUGCCAUUGUGAAAAGUAGGAAGCAAUGUGUUGGCAAUUGUGAAUGAUCACAAUUAUCCAUAGGAAAGUUAAUUUCACUAUAUGUAAGAUACAGUGGUUUGUUGGGAUGCUAAUAAAUUUGGAAUGCCCUGAAACCUUCAUUUUAUAGUGAAUGUCCCCCACAGAUCCCUAAGAAAUUCUGUAUAUGAAGAAAUGUAGAGGGGUCAAACCUUUUAGUACAAGCAACAUCCUGUUGCCACCACCUUGAUUUUCUGAUAGGUGCUACUGUAUCCUAAAGGUAAACCAGACAGAAAAACAGAUAAUUAACACCGGUCAGCUUAUAACCUGAUAUCUUUAAUUGUACUUACUCUGCUGUGGAAUCAGAAUUCAGUGGUGCCUGUCAGGAAACUACCCGUCCCUUGCCACCCACCAUCUCUUGAGUCCCAGGGCCCCAGUUGAACCUUUAUCUUUCAAUCCUACUGUCCAAAUAUAUGGUCCACAGCUUCCCUAAAAUACCUUCAAAACACUGUAAUCUCUUCUAGUCCCGGUGACCCUCCACAACUUCAUACUCCUCUGUUAUUCUAAGUAGCUAUUCUUCACUAAAAGAGAGGAGGAGAGAAGGAAGGGGUGACUAACUCACUCUGACAUCUGCAAAGCAUUAGCAUUUCUCACUGAUCUUUGUCAAAUUAGAGUAUAGCUGCCAAGACAUUGAUCUAGCUUCUCCCUUGUUAAACAUUGCAGUUUUUAACAUUGGACUUUUAUGCCUGUUAAAUUCAUAAUUAUGAAAAAAAGUUAGUGGCUUAAAUAACAUUAAUUGGUAUACUUCAUUAAAUAAAAAAAUUAAAUGCAAGAGCUAUUUUCUAUUUUAAUUUUAUAAGCAAGCUGCACAUAUGCCUUAAUGUGAGUCUUCCCAUUGGAUUAUAUGCCUAUCUUCUCAUUUUUGUAACUGAAAUCUACCCCAACUAUUGGAAGUAAUUAUUCCUGUGGUCAUCUUUAUUGUUUUGUGUUAAUGUCUAUUAUAAAUAUAGCCUUAAAAUUUAAUAAUGCACUUUAAAAUACUUGUGCCAUUAUAGCAAUUUGAUUUUGACAAGAGUUAAACUGAUUACAUAUAUUUUGAUGGAGUUGGUAGAAUAACAGUGUUAGCAAAUAUCUGUUGCCUCUUGACAUUUUGGAGGAUAAUCAGAAGCUGAAAAUUUGAAACAAGUAAAACAUAGCUGAAAAAAAUGUAGCUGAGUUUCUGAAGUUAUAGUAAUCCUAGAUCCUGGCAUCAGCAGCUUAAAUAUAGCAAGUAAUUAAUAAAUGUUACCUAACAACCUAGCUGGAAUGUUUGUUUAAAACUUAAUUUCUAUUGCAAAUUUUAUCUGCAUUUUCAUUUUUUUAUAAAAUACAUUAAAAAUUCCACUGGCUAGAAACAUAGUAAAUCAAAACAAUUACCAACAGCUAGUUUAGCAUAUUUUGUUUUUCAAAUCAUUGUAAUUUAAUCAUGACAUUUUCCUUACCUAUGGAAAAUAAGUUGCAAAAUUCCCUUUUUAGUCUGUAUACUUACAACAAUUACUUUAGUAAAACUGAAAUAAUUUUAUAGAACCAUUAAAAUAUGGUCUGAACAAAACCAGAGUUCCCAAAUUUGGGACGUAUUCAAGAUCACCGCAUGUUAUCUUUUCAGUGCAAACCAAUGAACGAAACUUUAAAAGAGAAACACAGCAGAACUCCUUUGUACCUUCAGUUUUGAGGAUAGAACUAAAACUUUUCAUAACCAGCUGUUGUGUGGGACUUCUGUUGUAUAUCACUGUUGUGAGGCUGGAACUUUAGUUGACUUUAUCUAAAUCCAAGAAGCAGAGAGUCACAGUAGUGAGAUUUACUGUUUAUUUGGAGCAUUAGCUGAAACUUUCUUAUAUCACAUACCUUACAGAUCGCCAUGCAUAGUGCCAGUUUUAGAAGCAUGUAAUUAUGUGCAUUCCAGACUGUAUUCUUUUUUGGGGAUAGAGAAGUGACUGUUUUGAGAAUAACAAUAUGGACUUGAAAGAUAGUUAAUUCUUUUUUAAAAAACAUAUGCAGAAGAUUGCCCCUGCCCUUUCUUUUGCCACUUACUUUUAUCUUAUAAAAGAAAUUUCAUUAGAUAUAUUUAACUCUGCAUCACUUAGAAUAUACAGUCUUAUGAGCAUAAAAAAUAUUUUUUUGCUCUUCAGGGCUAUCCCACAUUUUUGCCACUCUGUUACAUCAAAUAUCUUUCUUCCCUGCUUGUGAAGUGAUACUCAUAUAGUUCAACAUCAAGUUCCUGUUUUCAUUUAUAUUUCCUUGUUAUCUUUGCUUUUUCCCUCUUCAUUCCCCUUCCCAUCUGGCCAAGUGUGUUAUACCAUUAAGUCCUUUGAUUCUAAUUAAAUGAAAUUCAGACACACAACUAACUUAACCUUAGCUUAUCGGCAAAUUGAAAUGUAUCAGGAGUACCUGGAAUGCUGUCCCUCUUCUUGAUAGGAGGUGGAGAAUCCCGUCCAGUCCUCUGACAAGAAGUAAAAUGAAUGAGAUGUCAGGUGGAUCAGAGAGCCUAGUAAUUCUCUAAAACCAAGCUUCAGAAAUUGCUUUGCAAAUAUUGUAAGGUUAAUUAUUUUUUUUGUGUAUUAGUUGGAGAGAAAGCAUGUGUGGACAUUCAUCCAACCUGACCCUGAGUCAUUCAUGAGUCAUCCCAAAUGGCCAAAGGUACAGUUUUUGGUCUUUGUUUUAGCAAAAAGUCCUACAGCUUGGACUUGGGGCUUGAUUAUAUAAUGUAGCAUUUGUAUAUAAGACUCAAUCAUGGAUUCAUAUCUGUGAACAUUAUUAGGCUUUUUGAUAAUCUAAAGUAAAUCCAAAUGAAUGUAACUGAUAUUAGCCCUAUUCCAGAAAACCUGUUUAUCAUUUGCAAAUGUUACUUUUUCAUUGAUAUUUAAAUAUAAGCCAUGCUCAAGAUAUAUUUAGUAUAGUUUUAGUACAUGGUAUGGAAAAGUUCAAGGGAGAAUCAAACUUGAGUGUUAAAGAGCCCAAGAAGUUGUUGAAAUAAUGCUAUUUCAGAUUCUUCGUCGUAGCUGGCAGACUGUGCUGUUGAUCACUGGCUCCCUGCAGAAGUUUUAGUGUUCACCUCAUACCCCAGCUAGGGAAAUCGUCUCAAUAACCUAGUCAAGUUCUUAAAAACAGUUUUUUUUUCAUUACCAUACCACUUUCUCUUUACCCAAAUAUACUUUUAUUGUUUAUAUCAAGUAAAUACAAUCUAAAUAUUCAACAUGAACACCAAUUUUUUUUCAGUUUAUAGAAAAUUACCAUGCUUUAUGUUCCUUUCUAAAGAAAGCCCUAGAUAAAGUAUCAUGUUUUUUUUUAUCUGACUACAAACCCUUUUUUUAGACCCAUUCUUUUUCAAGUUCCACAUGGCAAUAGCUUAAUUUUGUUAUUUGAUCAUUUUCAUCAUAUUUAAAUUUCUGUAGAUAAUAUUGAAAAACAUAACCAACCUUACAAUUCAUAUGAAAUGUAGAUCAGUAAUUGGUUUAUAUAUAUAUAUAUAUAUAUAUAUAUAUAUAUAUAUAUAUAUAUAUAUAUACAUGUAUUACCAUUUACCUUGAAAGGAGGAGCUGUUACAGAUUUUAAAAAUCAGAAUUAAUUAACAAUCUUGUUGCUUAUGAAGGCAAUUAUUAGCUUAGUAAGUAAAUUCUGAGGAAUCACAAAUAGUUUUAUGCAGACAAAACACAAAAACAGUGGCACUAAAAUGUUACAUUAACACAUUAUUCAUUAAGGACCACAACAGUUAGAUAUUUUGUUUCUAUUUUAAAUAAAAUUGAUUAGAAGCUAUGUUCAUGAUACAAAUAUAUACAUAUACGUUUUACUAUUACAAAACUGUGGGACAAUUAAAUUAUUCACAUUCUCUUUUUUCACAGACUGCUAAGAAGAAAACGUUUAGGUUUUAGUCUGUUAUUACUGUAUAAUCAGAAAUUGCAUUUGUAAGGAGUAAUUGUCAUCUAUUUGAAUUUCAGAAUAUAUCCCAUUUUACUUAUAUUCUCAAGAGCAAGAAUAAAUGCAAAGAAAUCUCUUAAUUUUUAAGAAGAAUGCCUUUCACUAGUAGAAUGUACCAGAUAUUAUCCAUUGUUUUAUUACAUUACAUAUUUUUCAUUUUCUGUAAAAUUUGUAGCUCUUUUCCAAACAAUAUGUCCUAAUAUUUUGCAUGUUUAAAAUGAGCCUGGUUGAAAAGAGAGUUCCUUUACUUUUUCAAUGAUAUUGGACAAUAUGUAAUUUUAUUUUUUAAUUUUUCUACAUUUCAUUAGCCAUACUAUUUGGUAUUCAUAAAAGUGUUGAAGAGACCAUUUUAAGAAAGAGGCAGGUAGAAAUAAAGUAAGAAACAGAUAAUAUUAACACUAUAUAGAAAUCCCUGAAAGAAAAUUAGAAAGGAAAAAAACAAAUUCUGUUGAGAUGAGAAUGUUGGAAAAUAAAGAGUAUUUAAGACCCUCAUUUUUUACAUUUUAGUCAACAUUAACAUGACUAUUUCAUGCUCUUGAUUCCGUGAACUGUGCUUUUAGCAUAAUAUAUAGUUUCCCCUACCAUUGUAGUGUUUAUACAUUAAUUACUGAAAAGAAAGGAAGAAACUGUUAAAUAAAUGCCAGGGAAACUGGGUUUAAUUCCAUUUUCCAAUAGUACUAAUGUACAGACAGUUCUUUAACCUUCCAUAUGGUGCUUUGUGUGAUGAGAGUUUAUAUAACAUUUAUAUAUGUCAUUAGUGCCUUAUUUUUUUCACUUUAUUUCUUAUCUAAAGAGCCAUAUAUUUUUUGUGAGUGUUCCUUGUUCCCUCUAUUUAAAGUCCUGCUGAGACCAUGUAUCUUCAAAGAUGUAUAUAGGCUGUAUUUGCUACCUUAAUCCACAGUAUUAUCUCUAGGACAGCAGGUUAGUUAGCCAAUGUGUUUUUGUUAAAUUCAUUGUUCAUUUUUAAAGCUAAAGGAUAUUAAACACCACAAAUCGAAGCCAUUGUAAUUGAUGUAUUUGUAAGCCACACACACAAAAAGAAUGCUGAUUAUUAAAGUUUAAAUCAGGAGUUAGAGUGGCUGUCUUUAUAUAUAGCUCCAACUAGGACAAAAAUAUUCUGUAAAAAGCAUUAAAAAUCCAAGUAAUUUUAAGGUACUUCAGGAAUUUGGCCAGUCUGCUACAACUUGUCUUUGGCAAUACAUUAUCAGUAACCUACUUCUACACAGAUGCUGAAGAACCAUGGUUUUUGUUAUUUACAUGUAAUUAUUCAUUCACAGUGAGCUUUAGGACAUCAAGAAAUUUUGUACAGUAUGUUAGUUUGCUCUUUUUGGUGUUUGUGUCUUAUGUUAGCUUUAUACAAAAAAGCUUGUUUUCUUGUAUUCUUUGUGUACCAUAGUAUGUGAUUCAACUCUUCCUGAUGAAUGUAUGAUGAAUAAUUAAAAUAAAUCAUGGGCUUAGAAAAGACAAAGACACAGGUUGUAUAUGCAAAUAUGUGUAAAUAUUGGACAAAGAAAAAAAAAGAGGGAAAAAAAUCUUCCUGCCAACAGAUACAUCCUGCUGGACAGGACCUGAAAAUUAGUAGAUUUUUUUUAAGAAGUGAAAUUUUAAAAUCUAUUACCUCAGUAAUUUUCAGUCAAUAUAUGUCAGUGUACUGCUCCUUCUUAGUAAAUACAGUCUCACUUGCUGCUGGCGGUAAAAGCAACCCACGUGUCAGAUCACACAAAGUUUAGGGGCAAGUCUUUGAAAAGAUGGAUACCUUGUGAUAUUUUGCAGUCUAAUACUGGAUUUUUCGUUAAUGACCCUGUCACCUUUCAUUGUGGUUGGGUUUUCUUUUUUGUCGUUUUGGUUGGUUGGUUUAGAAUGGAAAGGUAAUCUUAAUUAUGAGAUCUGAAUUCAUGGAAGGCUGCAACGAUGGCUCACUCUGGAUGAAAAGUAUAAGGGGAAUCAACUCUUUCAAUUGUCGCUGUAUGAGCUGUUGUAUAGAUUCCUGUGGAGUGCUGUGUACUCGCAUGAUGUGUGAGAAACAUCAUGGAGCGGCAUCUAGCAAUGCCUAUUAAAGGUUUUCAAAAGAGAA